UAACCCGACUGAGCGUCAUGCUUAAACAGUCACGUCAACAGAGUCCCUCAUUGGCACAAUGUGCUGCAUUGCUAUAAUCUGACUCGAUGCUAAAUCUGAAUUAUCCACAAUAUAUACGAACAUCACAUAGGUGACUCAAAGCUUCCAGCUUGUUGCACUAACAAAUAUGUGCAUGGUCGAUUUGAACUAUAUAAAAGACUACCAAAGCUGCUAAGGAACGAGAACCCAUCGGUCACUAAUAACCUAGGUACUACUCCACCAUUCAUACCCUGCCCACUACGCACCAUGGCUUCCAACUUUACCCCAAUCCCUCUCUCCGAAGCAUCCCAGAUCGCUUCUUACUCCCUCCAAUCACCAGACCACCCAGAGAUCGAACUCGCCCAAGCAGGCCAUCGCAUCCGCCUCGUCAACCUCUGGCAGAUCCCGCCCGGCUCCCGAGUUCUCGAGCUCGGCUGCGGCCAGGGAAAUGCGACUGCCGUCCUCGCCCACGCCGUGGGACCCACGGGACACGUCGACGCCGUCGACCCGGGCGCCCUAGACUACGGCGCGCCCUUCACACUGGCACAGGCGCAGGACCACCUGAGCCGGAACGGCGUCGUGGGCGACAGGAUCAGCUGGCACCAGGCCGCACCCGAGGACUUUCUGGGGCAGAAAACGGCGGCAGGACAGCAGCAGCAGUGGGAUGUCGCCGUCCUCGCCCACUGUAUCUGGUACUUUGCCUCACCGUCCGUGCUGGGCAGCGUGCUGCGCGCGCUGAGGGGCAGGGUCGGCAGGGUCUGCAUCGCCGAGUACGCGAUGCACGCCACGGAGAAGGCGGCCGUGCCGCAUGUCCUCACCGUGCUGACGCGGGGCAUGUUGGAGGCUUUCAGGGCCGAGAGCUCCGAGAACGUGCGGAGCCCGCUGACUCCCAGGGCGAUCAAGGAGAUCGCUGCGGAGGCCGGCUGGACGGUCGAGGGCCAGGAGAGCGUGGUGGUCCCGGAGCCGGGACUGUUGGACGGCCUCUGGGAGGUGGGGUCGGUCAAGCACAAGAGUUUCCUGGCGGAGGUUGAGGAGAGCAUCGAGGACGAGAGAGUCAAGUCGGCGGUGCAGACGUCCAGGGAUGCGGUUCUCACAGCGGUCGAGCAGUUGAAGGGCGAGAAGGUCCGGACCAUGGAUGUUUGGGUUGCACGAUUUGAAGAAGAGAGCUAGUGAGAGGCUCUUGUUCAUGAUUUGCCUGUACGGCAUCAAUGUUGAUACACCUAGUAGCCAUCCGAUUCCUAAAAUAAAAAUAAAAUAAAAGGAGAAAGGGGGGAGGGGUAUGAUGCAGUGCCGUUCAUGCGAAUCUUAUUCGGGUACUAUUACUUGGUAGAUGUAAAAAGAAAACAUGAGAACUUUAGGGAAGAGUAUUGCGAGGUCAUAGAAAAGGCAUCAUGACAGAAUCCUGUAAGUUACACGAAAUUCAUUUAAAAGGGAAAAAAAGGAAAAGGAAAACAGGGUCGCGAAACCGGGGGGUCGGAAGUAUUUUGUUUUUUAAGCAUAAGUGCAAGUGUUUAACUAGACGAUACCAUGUCAGACAUGACACAAGAGGGAUUGUCAAUAUCUUGGCGUAUUACAAGAAAGGUUGUUGACAGUUUUUAGUGACGUUAUGAGGCAUAAGCGACAGAAUGAGUGUUAUAGAUCAGGAAUAUACGUG